AAAAGUGGUUUGCUAACGUGCGUUCCAGCUUAAAUGUAAUAUAAAGCCCAGAGAUGAUACGACGUCGUCCCAUAGCGAAACCUAAACGGAAAUAAAAACGCGUGCUCUCUUCUUCUCCUCGUGCAGCUGCGCCUCACACAGCCAGAAACCGGCGCCUCCGUACGCCUCGCCGGCAGCGCGAACAUUAAGUUUGCAAACAGCUAAACAACUGGACCCCUGAGCUGAAUUUUUUCCGCCUCGCAUCGACGCGCCUAGGCAACGCCUUUCAAAACCUAGCAUUUGAAAAAAGUUUCAAUUCAUUGUGAUUGAGCUUUUGGGAAGGCUUUGUUUGUCAUUGGCUUCACACUCGCUGUUUGGCUGAGGUCUUCAACAUGGAAGUGUUCAGGAGGGCAAUAUUGCAACCUGGCCCACCAGAAAGUUUUGCUCUACAGACAGUUCAACAAGUUAUAAAACCUCAGAAACAGACAAAGUUAGUCCAAGAUGAGAAUCAAUUGUUAGAAAAUAUCCUCCGGACAUUGCUUCAGGAACUGGUGUCUGGGGAGCAGAUAAUGCAGUACGGUCAAUCAAUUGAUGAUGGAGAUACUACCCAAGGACAUAUUCCACGUCUUCUUGAUAUUGUGUUGUAUCUUUGUGAGAACGAACACAUUGAAGGUGGCAUGAUAUUUCAGCUGUUGGAAGACUUAACAGAAAUGUCUACUAUGAGAAACUGCAAAGACGUUUUUGGUUAUAUAGAGAGUAAACAAGAUAUAUUAGGAAAGCCAGAGCUUUUUGCUCGAGGAAAACUUGUGAUGUUGAGAACAUGCAAUCAACUUCUUCGUCGCCUGUCAAAGGCAAAUGAUGUGGUAUUUUGUGGACGAAUUCUAAUGUUUUUGGCUCAUUUUUUCCCAUUAUCUGAGCGUUCAGCUGUGAAUAUAAAAGGAGUUUUUAACACAUCAAACGAGACAAAAUAUGAGAAAGACCCCCCUGAUGGAAUUUCCAUCGAUUUCAACUUCUACAAGACAUUUUGGAGUUUACAGGAACACUUUUGUAACCCUCCUUCCUUAACUCUUGCUCCUACCAAGUGGAAGAAAUUUACAUCCGGUUUAAUGGUUGUCCUGAAUACAUUUGAAGCUCAACCAUUAAGUGAUGAAGAGGGAGAUGCCAAUAGUUUGGAGGAGGAGGCAGCAAAUUUCAGCAUAAAAUAUCUUACGAGCAGUAAACUAAUGGGUUUGGAGUUGAAGGAUCCGAGUUUCCGACGUCAUAUUCUUGUGCAGUGCCUCAUAUUGUUUGAUUAUCUGAAGGCCCCUGGAAAGAGUGAAAAAGAUUUGCCUUCCGAUAGCAUGAAAGAGGAAAUAAAAUCUUGUGAGGAGCGUGUGAAAAAGCUGCUUGAAAUGACUCCACCCAAGGGGGAGAAUUUUCUUCAUAAAAUUGAGCAUAUAUUAGAACGUGAAAAGAAUUGGGUAUGGUGGAAACGUGAUGGUUGUCCACCAUUUGAGAAGCAGCCAGCAGAGAAGAAAGUGGUCCAAGAAGGAGCCAAAAAGCGAUUUUCUGUUGGAAAUGGGGAGAAAAUUAGAUUUUGGGAGGAUCUUUGGCUGAAAGAAGGGAUUCUAAAAGAUCUGUUUCCUAGACUCUCUUCCUUGUCUAGGAGAAAAAAUCAAAGUAUAGCCUGUUUUGCUAACAAUCAUGAGAUGCCUCUCAAUUGGGAUUUUGAUUUCAGAAGGAAUUUGUCCGAGGCUGAAAUAGCAGAAGUGGUAAUACUUUUGGAUAUAUUGGGGAAGGUGAGAUUAUACGGUUCUAGAUCGGAUCGGAGAUCUUGGGAGAUUGAGGAGCGGGGUUCUUUUUCCUGCAAGUCUUUCAGGUCUUUUCUUCUCUGUACCACAAGGGAUGUCUUCCCCCCUUUCAUCUCAAUCUGGAAGGCAAAGACUCCGCCAAAAAUUCAAUUUUUCGUGUGGCUGGCAGCAAAUGGCAGGAUUAAUACUUGCGAUUGCAUUCAAAGGAGGCAACCAAAGAUGUGCUUAUCCCCCUCUUGGUGUGUUCUUUGCAAAGAGAAUGCAGAAAACAUUGAUCACUUGUUCAUUCAUUGUUCGUAUUCCCUAAAAUUAUGGUGGAGGAUGUUGGGUGCUCUCAGAGCGGAGUGGGUGAUUCCUAAAGGGUGUUUUGAGCUCCUUAGUAUCAAUCUGAGGGUUUCGGGGAAGGGGAAGGGGAAGAGAGCUGGAAUCCUUCACGAUUGUCUAGUUCAUGCUAUUUUCGGGAAUAUCUGGAUGGAGCGAAAUCGAAGAAUUUUUCAGGGUCAUAUAGGAGUAAGGGUUGAGGAAUUAUGGGACAGAAUUAAAUUUUGGGCAUCCCUUUGGGCUUCGGUUUCGGGGCAGUUCAAGGACUAUCACUACUCUACCAUCAUGAGAGACAUGAUGGCAGUCUUAAGAUGAUUUUACUGAAGUUUUGUGUUUUUCGUGCUUUUUAUACAGUUUUUUUUCAAUCUUAGUAGGUCAGACUCUUUUUUUUUGGUCUUCUUGUUUGAUCGA